AAAACCAAACUAUUUCUUCGUUAAUCUCAAUACCCAUUUCUUCUUCUUCUUCCUCCUCUUAAUAAUAAUUCAUAAAACCCUUUUACACUGCACACAACAACGACAACAAGAACAACCAUGGACGACGAAAUUGCCUUUGAUCUACCUCCAUUCAUGAAAGUAUACAAAAACGGUCGUGUUGAGAGACUCAUAGGUGAAGACGUUGUUCCCGCAUCUCUUGAUCCAACCACCAACGUUGAAUCUAAAGACGUUAUAAUCUCCAAAGAAGACAACAUAUCAGUUAGGCUUUUCAUUCCCAAAACCAAUUACCCACCGACCCAAAAACUCCCUCUCUUUGUUUACUUCCAUGGUGGUGCUUUCUGCAUCGAAACCCCUUCUUCGCCUAAUUACCAUAACUACCUUAACUCUGUCACUUCACUGGCUAACGCAAUUGGUGUCUCUGUUCAUUACAGAAGAGCACCGGAACACCCUGUUCCUGUCGCUCAUGAAGAUUCAUGGCUUGCACUCAAAUGGGUGGCUUCGCAUGUUGGUGGAAAGGGUUCCGAUGAAUGGUUGAAUCAGUAUGCGGAUUUUGAUAAAGUGUUCUUAGGAGGUGACAGUGCUGGUGCUAAUAUUGCACACUAUUUGGGUGUUCGGGCUGGGAAGGAAAAUCUGGAUGGUGUGAAACUUGAAGGGGGUGUUUAUCUUCAUCCUUAUUUUUGGGGUGUGGAUCCAAUUGGGUCUGAAUCGGGUCGAGGUGAGUUUGUCGAAAAGGUUCAUAAUUUAUGGCGAUUUUCGUGUCCAACCACGACAGGAUCCGAUGAUCCGUUGAUUAAUCCGGCUAAGGAUCCGAAUUUGGGGAGUUUGGGUUUUAAGAGAGUGCUGGUUUGUGUUGCUGAGAAAGAUUUGUUGAAGGAUAGAGGCUGGUAUUAUAAAGAGUCGCUUGAGAAAAUUGGUUGGGGUGGGGUUGUUGAAGUUGUUGAGACAAAAGAUGAGGAUCAUGUUUUUCAUAUGUUUAAACCAACAUGUGAGAAUGCUGCGGAUUUGCUUAAUCGAGUUGUUUCCUUCAUCAAAAAGGCUUGAAAAUGACAUGUUUUUAAAUAAGGGUGUAAUGGAAGUGGAAUAGUAUUAUAGACAUAGAGUACUGUUUUAUGUGUUUGUUAUGUUAUCCUUUAGUUUUUUAUUCGUCAGGUUAUGCAUUUCUACUUGCUUGUAUUCUAUGUCUAUGGAAGACAAGUAAUUUGGUUUUGUAUCUUCUUCCACUAUGUUAUCACGGAAUAAAAACUUGUCAUUUGGUUGAGAA